CCAAGCCGAAGCCAAGGCCUGCAUAGAAGUCGCCGCCGCUGCUGUCGGAGUCAGGAUUAGUCCUCCAUCCCCCCACCACGUCCACCACCCACUCACUGUUCACUCAGGCGGGGUAAAUAAACCAAGCACCGAGCAAGAUGUCUGGCGAGGAAACGUCUGCCGAUCGCAAUGUCGAGAUCUGGAAAAUAAAGAAGCUGAUCAAGAGUCUGGAGAUGGCGCGCGGCAACGGCACCAGCAUGAUUUCUUUGAUUAUUCCGCCAAAAGAUCAGAUCUCGCGCGUCAGCAAAAUGUUGGCCGAUGAAUUUGGAACGGCCUCGAAUAUCAAGUCGCGCGUCAACCGUCUGUCCGUCCUCGGUGCCAUUACGUCGGUCCAGCACAGACUCAAGUUAUACACCAAAGUGCCUCCUAACGGUUUGGUCAUCUACUGCGGCACCAUUGUCACAGAGGAAGGCAAGGAAAAGAAGGUGAACAUAGACUUUGAGCCAUUCAAGCCCAUCAACACGUCGCUCUACCUCUGCGACAACAAGUUCCACACGGAGGCCCUCACUGCCCUGCUGGCCGACGACAACAAAUUCGGCUUCAUCGUGAUGGACGGUAACGGCGCUCUCUUCGGUACACUCCAGGGUAACACCCGCGAGGUGCUCCACAAGUUCACUGUCGAUCUGCCGAAGAAGCACGGACGCGGUGGUCAGUCCGCCCUGCGUUUCGCCCGUCUGCGUAUGGAGAAGCGUCACAACUAUGUGCGCAAGGUCGCCGAGGUGGCCACCCAGUUGUUCAUUACAAACGAUAAGCCCAACAUUGCCGGUCUCAUCCUAGCUGGUAGUGCGGACUUUAAGACCGAGCUCAGUCAGUCUGAUAUGUUUGAUCCUCGAUUGCAAUCGAAAGUAAUCAAGCUUGUGGAUGUGUCUUAUGGUGGCGAGAACGGAUUUAACCAAGCCAUUGAACUGGCAGCCGAGUCCUUGCAAAAUGUCAAAUUCAUUCAGGAGAAGAAGCUCAUUGGUCGUUACUUUGAUGAAAUUUCUCAGGACACUGGCAAAUACUGUUUCGGCGUGGAGGAUACCUUGCGGGCACUGGAACUUGGCUCGGUGGAGACACUGAUUUGCUGGGAAAACCUCGACAUUCAACGAUAUGUUCUCAAGAAUCAUGCCAACUCGACGUCAACGACAGUAUUACAUUUGACGCCGGAGCAGGAAAAGGACAAGUCGCACUUCACUGACAAGGAGAGCGGGGUGGAGAUGGAACUGAUCGAGUCUCAGCCGCUGCUCGAGUGGCUGGCAAACAACUACAAAAUGUUCGGCGCCACACUGGAGAUUAUCACGGACAAGUCCCAGGAGGGUAGCCAGUUCGUGCGAGGUUUCGGUGGAAUCGGCGGCAUAUUGCGCUAUAAAGUAGAUUUCCAGUCUCUACAGGCCGACGAGCCGCUGGAGGACGUCGAUCUCGAUGAUUACUAAGCCGCCCGCCAGUCGGGGGCUGCAAACGGGUCUCGAUAAUGCGUUAUAUGCAGAAUUAAAACCAGUACUCUUUGGGAAACCUCGUAAAGCGAAACGUUCAAAUUGAUUAGGAACCAAUUUACUUGCCACAUAGUUUUGUCUAUGUUCAGCGUAGCCGUUCAAUACCAAAUAUUUAUCACCAAUAGGGUCCCCCCCUCAUCAUUGUCAGUGUCAGUCAGGCGGUGCAUUUCCUUCGUCAAUCAGAUCAGCGGUCUCUAGAUAUGUGUACCUAUGCGAUUUAUCAAAUUUUUUCAUUACC